CUGUAUAGUGGCGACUACAGCCACUCAAACACAGACGACAUGUCCGUGCUAUCUCACUCUCCGUUAGUGCGGUUUCCACACAUGCCCUCACGUUGCCUCUGGAAAUGCUGAGAGCUCCUGUGGUUGUCUGUCACCAGGAGAGAAAAACAGAGAUGUCUGCUAUCUGGCCUGCCAGUGACACGGCCUUGCUUCUCUAUCAGUUGUUUCAUGCAAAUGAGUUAUGGAUGAGGUUGAUCCCUGAGGCUAUGUUUUGUUUUGUUUUUUAGGCUACAACAUUUUUACAACAACCUACCACACACACACACACACACACACACACACACACACACACACACACACACACACACACACACACACACACACACACACACACACACACACACACUUAAACACACACACACCUACACCUCAGGACUGCUCCAGUGUGGACCUUGUCAUUCUCCCACUUGUGGAGAGAGAGAGCUGCUGAGCUGGGUGUGACCCUAAAGAAUUCCAAACAAAGAGUGUGCCUGUGAGGAGAUCCCGGCCAUCGGCCACUGGGCACUUUCCCACCGUAAGCAGCCGUGCAGUGUUGUGCUGCCGAGGGGGACGGCCCUCUUUACCUGUGCUCCUGCCGCCCCUCCCUCUUUCCCUCUCUCUCUCUCUCUUUCUCUCUCUCUCUCUCUCUCUCUCUCGCUCUCUCUCCUGAAAACGUGGAGGUAGGAAAGCCUCGGUGGCGGGAUGAUUGAGACGAUCAGCGAGUGGUUCUGGUGGGACCGUCUCUGGCUUCCGUACAACCUCACAUGGAGCGACCUGGAAGACAAAGAGGGGCGUGUCUAUGCCAGAGUGUCCCACCUUUAUAUCACAGUGCCCCUCGCCAUUACCUUCCUGGUAGUCCGAUACCUCUUUGAAAGGGUUAUUGCGACACCAUGUGCGGCCUUGCUGGGAGUGAAAGAGCCGGCGAGGCUGAAAGUAGCACACAACCCAGUGCUUGAAGUCUUUUUCAGUUCUCGCUCCAAAAACCCACGGCAGGCAGAUAUCGAAGGACUGUCCAAGAAAUGCAGCUUGACGGUCAGACAGGUGGAGCGCUGGUUCCGCAGGAGACGCAAUCUGGACCGUCCCGGAGUCCUGAAGAAGUUCCGAGAGGCCAGUUGGAGAUUUGCCUUCUAUUUGUGCGCGUCCAUCGGAGGAGUAGUGGCUCUUUAUGACAAAGAAUGGUUUUAUGACACUCGACAGAUGUGGGUUGGUUACCCAAAGCAGUCGUUGCUGGAAUCCCAGUAUUGGUACUACAUCCUGGAGAUGAGCUUCUACUGGUCACUGCUUUUUAGUAUCACAUGCGAUGUCAAGAGAAAGGACUUCAAGGAACAAAUUAUUCACCAUUUGGCCACCUUAAUCCUGCUGAGUUUCUCUUGGUGUGCAAACUAUAUCCGUGUUGGCACCCUGGUCAUGAUCGUGCAUGACACCUCCGAUGUUCUGCUUGAGUCUGCCAAGUGUUUCAAUUAUGCCAAAUGGGAGAAAACCUGCAACUCACUCUUUGUCGUGUUUGCCAUUGUGUUCAUGGUCACCAGGCUUAUAAUCUUCCCCUUCUGGGUGAUCCACUGCACAUGGGUCUACCCACUGGAGUACUACCCCCCCUUCUUUGGAUAUUACUUCUUCAACGCCAUGCUUGUGGUCCUGUUGCUUCUCCAUAUCUUCUGGGCCUACCUCAUAAUGCGCAUGGUGAAAAAGUUCCUCUUUGGCAAUAUGACCAAAGAUGAAAGGAGCGAUAAUGAAGAGGACGAGGGAGAGAGCAGCCUGACUGAAGACUAUGAUGGACAGCCAAAGGUCACCAAUGGCUCUAGUGUUGGGGGCUCCGCAAACCAUCACUGAUUGGUGGGACUGCCCAUCCCCCCUGCCCCCAUCCACCCCCUCCACACACACACUCCCCUCCGAGUGCCAGCUUCAGACUGGCACUCCGUGCCAAGUCUUUUCCAUGGACUGUGGAACACCAGCGCCUUAUGAUGAAGAGGAAAAAAAACACUAAUAACCCACAAAACAAAUACAACCCCUUGCAGGCAAACAAAACAAAACAAAUCCAUUAUUACGAGAGAGAAUGGGCCAGCAUUUUGUCAAAAUCACAUCUUUCAACAAUAUUCAGAAAAAAAAAGAACCACACAAUGCUUUGGGAGUUUCCUGGGAGACGUUUUGUUUCUCGGGAGACAUUGUGUUUCUUGGCACGCCUGACGCCCGAUGCUCAUCUCCGUUAACGAAAACAGUGUUGGUAAUGGCACAACAUCACAUGGACGAGCUGAUAACUGAGCAAGAACAGAGAACAAAUAAACAUCAACUGCUGUUUCUCCUCAUCAGUCCAUCCAAUGUGUUUCUCAUUUUUGAGGAACACAAACGCGCCCCAUGCGCCAUUACGUUUGCCCUACAUCAUCCAUCAUGGCCGGUUCCUCAUGGUCAGGAGCCGUAUCAGCAUGGUUCAUGUCAGCCUCUGCAGGCAAGAGGAAAUUACACAUAGACCAAACGAGAUGACAUUUACAUUUUUUUUUCUCCCAGAUAUAUGAAAAUAGCAGUGUGCAUUUCCCCUGUGUAUAGCUUGAGCCCUGUAUCUGCACUCUGUGAAAUGCAUUACGAUGUAGUGGACAGAAUCCAAGCAUGGGUUCUCUUCCACAUAUGUUCAAGUACAGCGGAGGCUAUGCUCAAAGCGUGCGCAGGGGCUCUGAUGGACACCAGCAGUGGUGUCUUUUGAAGAUGCCCUGUCAGCUUUUCUCUGCUGUGUAGUAAGGAACAUCUGCUCAUGUAUUCUUUGAUUCAGCCUGAGUGUCUAUAGAAGCGGGUGAGCUUUUACAUAAUGUGUCUCCAUGUGGCUCCUCAAUGAAAUACAGAUCAUGUCCCAGGAUCCUGUAGAUGUUAUUGAAAUGGAUGGAUGGAGAAUGGAUCAUUAUGAAGAUUUAUGAAGGUUGAUAUGACAAAGAUACAUUUUGUAUUUUUCUGAAAGUGUUGAUUCAUUUUUAAAAGAGCACUGUACAAGUCCAAUACAUUUUGUUAUAUGAAAGAUUUUCUUACACGGAUAAUGUUUUCAUGAUAUACUUGGAUUAGAUGACAAUGAGUCAGUGAUCGAGUGGUUGCAUCAGGAAAAUGUGAGUCACUUUUAACUGUACAGUUUGUGUUGAUUUUUUUUAUUAAUUUAUUUGAAAUGUACAGUCUUUUAAAAUGUUCUCAUCAUUUAAUGUUUGCUAAUGGUAAUAAAGUGAAGUAAGGUAAACACAAUGCGGGGAUGCUUUUCUUCAAAGGAAUUUCCCUUGAAUCAUGACUUAAGGCUUUGUGCUUCUCGUGAUUAAAGUCAUUUGGUUAUUCA